UAACGUUUUCUUAAGCAAACGUUUAUCUACGUUAGCUUCUGUGCUAUCGAUAAUCAGACGCUGAGACGUCUAGCUGUUGUCGGCGUGUCACAGUGGAAGACUAGUUAACGCUAGGUUAACUAACUUAGGACAUGGCCUCAGCUCCAGCACAGCAGCCCACCCUCACUGUUGAGCAGACCAGAGUGGUGCUGAGUGAGGUGAUCCAGGCCUUUUCAGUGCCAGAAAAUGCCGCGAGGAUGGAGGAGGCUCGAGAAAGUGCCUGCAACGACAUGGGCAAAAUGCUGCAGCUUGUGCUCCCCGUGGCCACCCAGAUUCAACAAGAGGUCAUCAAAGCCUACGGAUUCAACAACGAGGGGGAGGGCGUCCUCAAAUUUGCCAGAUUGGUGAAGAUGUAUGAAACCCAGGACCCUGAAAUUGCAGCCAUGUCGGUUAAACUGAAGUCUCUUCUUCUGCCACCACUGUCAACACCACCUAUAGGGGGCGCCAUUCCCGCUUCGUAGGAAUUAUUUACAUUCACCGCUCAACUGCGAGGUUACUUUCAUCUGUUGCUUUGGAUCAACAUGAACUUACUGUAAUUCCGACAUGUUGUCUAUCAUCUGCUUUUCUUUCCUGAGGGAUAAAACUUAUAGUUUCAAACUCAGUACACCAAGACGUUCCAACAAAGAUGAAAUUCAUACCUGAUCUACUCUUUGGUCGCAUUGAAAACAUCGUUGCAAAAACAUGUUAACUUAUUGCUUUUUAAAUGUGUCGGUAUUUAUUUGUUACAUGUUACACUAGGACCAUUUCUUAUGUCACUGAACCUUGAACAUUUCCUUAAAUGCCAUGUUGUUGUUUUUUUCCCCCAUAAUUUUAAUCAAACGAUUUUUAUACGCUGUCAGAUUUGUUUGUUGUAUAUUAAAAGGUUUUCUGUGA